AUGACACCCUCUUCACCGCGUCAGAAGUGGAGGCCCUGAACUCGCUGUCUGCGGACCACAGCGCGGCCAAGAGCCUGGAGCGCGGCGAGCGGCUGGUCUGCAGCGAGGAGCUGAGUGUGCAGCAGACCCCAGACACCAUUUCAAUCAAGGUUGAAGAGGAUAUUGCCCGCUGUAGAAGACGGCAGUGACAUUAGAGACCGCAGCACGCAGCGCGGCGCGACCUCGGAGAGUCUGCGUGUGGACGCCCCUGGCUCCUCCCACAUGGCCAGUCACAGCGGGGAGCUGCGCAUCCUGAGCGUCUACGGACAAGGGGAGGGCCCUCUGGCGGUGGACGGCCAUGACACCCUCCUCGCUGCGUCAGAACCGGAGGCCUUGAGCUCGCUGUCCGCUGACCACAGCGUGGCCAAGAGCCUGAACUGCAGCGUGCGGCUGGUCCGCCUUGAGGAGCUGACUGGGCAUCAGGGCGGCCGCAAGGGCCGGCCCAGUGUCUUGUGCGGAAAGGUUAUUCCCAACAAUGCCAAUAUGAUCGUCCACAUGAGGAACCACGCGGACGAGAAGCAGUACGGGUGCGACCAAUGCAUGAGGCGCUUCAAAUGGCAAUGCUCCCUGACGAUCCACAUGAGGACUCACUCUGGGGAGAAGCCCUACAAGUGUGACCAAUGCACGAAGCGCUUCGGUCUGAGAGGCCACCUGAACACCCACAUGAGGACUCACUCUGGGGAGAAGCCCUACAAGUGUGACCAAUGCACGAAGCGCUACAGACAGCAAUGCGACCUGAAGAACCACAUGAUGACUCAUUCCGACGAGAAGCCCUACAAGUGUGACCAAUGCAGGAUGAGCUUCAGUGUGAAAAGCCACCUGAAGCUCCACAUGAUGACUCACUCCGGGGAGAAUCCCUACGAGUGUGACCAAUGCACGAAGCAAUUAUUUUCGAAAAACCAACUGAAGAUCCAUAUGAGGACUCACUCCGACGAGAAGCCCUACAUGUGUGACCAAUGCACGACACGCUUCAAAGAUCGAUGCAGCCUGAAGCGCCACAUGAUGACUCACUCCGGCGAGAAGCCCUACAAGUGUGACCAAUGCACGAAGCGCUUCGGUCGGACAACACAGCUGAAGCGCCAUCUGAUGACUCACUCCGGGGAGCAGCCCUACAAGUGUGACCAAUGCAAGAAGCGCUUCAGUCGGAAAGGCAACCUGAAGAUCCAUAUGAGGACUCACUCCGACGAGAAGCCCUACAUUUGUGACCAAUGCACGACGCGCUUCAAAGAUCGAUGCAGCCUGAAGCGCCACAUGAUGACUCACUCCGGCGAGAAGCCCUACAAGUGUGACCAAUGCAUGAAGCGCUUCGGUCGGACAACACAGCUGAAGCGCCAUCUGAUGACUCACCGCAGGGAGAAGCCCUACAAGUGUGACCAAUGCACGAAGCGCUUCAGUUUGGAAACAGACCUGAAGAUCCACAUGAGGACUCAUGCUGGGGAGAAGCUCUAUGGGUGUGACCAAUGCACGAAGCGCUUCCAACAUCAAGGCAGCCUGAAGAUCCACAUUAGGACUCACUCCGGCCGGACAACACAGCUGAAGCGCCAUCUGAUGACUCACUCCGGGGAGCAGCCCUACAAGUGUGACCAAUGCAUGAAGCGCUUCAGUUUGGAAACCGACCUGAAGAUCCACAUGAGGACUCAUGCUGGGGAGAAGCUCUAUGGGUGUGACCAAUGCACGAAGCGCUUCCAACAUCAAGGCAGCCUGAAGAUCCACAUUAGGACUCACUCCGGCCGGACAACACAGCUGAAGCGCCAUCUGAUGACUCACUCCGGGGAGCAGCCCUACAAGUGUGACCAAUGCAAGAAGCGCUUCAGUCGGAAAGGCAACCUGAAGAUCCAUAUGAGGACUCACUCCGACGAGAAGCCCUACAUGUGUGACCAAUGCACGACGCGCUUCAAAGAUCGAUGCAGCCUGAAGCGCCACAUGAUGACUCACUCCGGCGAGAAGCCCUACAAGUGUGACCAAUGCAUGAAGCGCUUCGGUCGGACAACACAGCUGAAGCGCCAUCUGAUGACUCACCGCAGGGAGAAGCCCUACAAGUGUGACCAAUGCACGAAGCGCUUCAGUUUGGAAACCGACCUGAAGAUCCACAUGAGGACUCAUGCUGGAAAGAAGCUCUAUGGGUGUGACCAAUGCACGAAGCGCUUCCAACAUCAAGGCAGCCUGAAGAUCCACAUUAGGACUCACUCCGGCCGGACAACACAGCUGAAGCGCCAUCUGAUGACUCACUCCGGGGAGCAGCCCUACAAGUGUGACCAAUGCAAGAAGCGCUUCAGUCGGAAAGGCAACCUGAAAAUCCAUAUGAGGACUCACUCCGACGAGAAGCCCUACAUGUGUGACCAAUGCACGACGCGCUUCAAAGAUCGAUGCAGCCUGAAGCGCCACAUGAUGACUCACUCCGGCGAGAAGCCCUACAAGUGUGACCAAUGCAUGAAGCGCUUCGGUCGGACAACACAGCUGAAGCGCCAUCUGAUGACUCACCGCAGGGAGAAGCCCUACAAGUGUUACCAAUGCACGAAGCGCUUCAGUUUGGAAACCGACCUGAAGAUCCACAUGAGGACUCAUGCUGGGGAGAAGCUCUAUGGGUGUGACCAAUGCACGAAGCGCUUCCAACAUCAAGGCAGCCUGAAGAUCCACAUUAGGACUCACUCCGGCGCGAAACCCUACAAGUGUGACCAAUGCACAAAGCGCUACAGUCAUUGCUCUGCCCUGAAGACCCACAUGAGGACUCACCCCCGUUAAGAAGCCCUGCAUGUGUGUGCAGAACAACGCCAGUUUCAGCCAGGGCUGGUGAUUGCUAUAAGCGAACGAGGAGAUUGCCUAGAGCGACAAAUGUGUUGGGGGUGCCCUCUAGUGGUGCCCUUAAUUCCCACUGAUCAUAGAA